GUUGAUUUCUAAUACUCUAUAAAAUAGAAGAGAAGUAUCUGCUUCUUGGUUAUGAGAGGAUAAGUUAACGAUAGGUCCCAAGAUGCUGUUAUUGAGUAAAUUUUCGAAAAGGAUAAUUCAACAGUACCCCACAAGAACUUAUUGGUGUCUGACUGUUCGACCAGGAACCAGAUUUCUAUCUACUAAUCAGCCUAGCACACUGCGUUUAUCGCCUUCACCGGUGUCAAACAGUUUUUUGAAAGUCAUAGUUGGAACCAGUUUGUUCACCGGGGGUAUUUUGAUCGGACAAUAUUACUCGCAAGAUAAGCAACUCAGCAGCAAAGACCACGAAUUACUUGAUGCAUCGACCACGCCAAUAGAUGUGGUGAAGCUGCCAAUUUAUGCCAAUGAUGAAGAAUUUGCGGUUGCAUUAUCCAAAUUCUCCGAGAUUGUUGGUGAAGAAAAUGUUACUUAUGAAACUUCGAUUAUUGAAGCACAUGCUGAUAGUUUUUUCAGUACCCACCAUCCACCCAAACCUGAUGUUCAACGUCCCCAUGCUGUGAUCUAUCCAGCGAAUACUGAACAAGUAUCGCGGAUUUUGAAGGUUGCUCAUGAGUAUAGAGUUCCAGUGGUUGCUAAUUCUGGUCUUACAUCCUUAGAAGGUCAAAACAUGCAUACAAGAGGUCCCAACAGUGUCUCAUUGGCUUUUGGGAACUUGAAUAAUAUUCUUGAAUUUCAUCCAGAUGACUUAGACGUGGUUGUUCAACCCGGUGUUGGCUGGCAAGACUUGGAUGAGUUUUUAAAGAAUCGUGAAGAUGGCAAACAUUUAAUGUUUGGUCCGGACCCUGGAAUGGGUGCUUCUAUUGGUGGUAUGGCCAGUACUUCUGCAAGUGGGACAAAUGCUUACGCUUAUGGUACUAUGAAGGAAAACGUAGUUUCUUUGACGGUGGUCUUAGCGGAUGGUACCGUUGUUAAGACCAGACAAAGACCAAGAAAGUCAAGUGCAGGGUAUGAUACUACUCGUUUAUUCAUUGGUUCAGAGGGGACUUUGGGUAUUAUAACUGAGAUUACUGUCAAAUUGCAUGUUAAGCCAAAAAAGGAAUUUGUCAAUAUAUGGCUGUUCCCAACGAUUAAAGACGCCGCAGCGACCGCUCUGGAUAUUAUUUCAAAAUCCGGUUUGAAGUUGAACGCUAUUGAAAUCAUCGAUCACACAAUGGCUUCUUUUGUUAAUCAAGCAAGUGGAGAUGAUGCUAAAAAGUUUUUAGAAACUCCCACGCUUAUUUUCAAAGUUGGUGGUAAUGAUGAGAAUGCAAUCCAUGAACAGGUUAAAAUCAUUGAAAAAAUUGCUAAAAAUCACAACUUAAUAAGAUACGAAGAGUCUCAUAACGAUGAUGAUAACCAAAUCUUAUGGGCUGCUCGUAGAAAUGGGUUAUGGUCAACUUUUGAUUUUGGAUCUAAAAUUUUAGAAGAUAAAAAUGAUGUGCAGAUUUGGACUACUGAUAUCGCAAUUCCAAUUUCAAAUUUGGCCACCGUCAUCAGUGAAACCAAUGAUGACUUGAACAAUCUGGGUUUCAAAAAUAGAUUUUCUGUUAUGGGCCACAUCGGUGAUGGAAAUUGUCAUUUCUUAAUCUUGUAUAAUAGUAAAGACUAUGCUAAGGUUCAAACCUUAGUCGACAAAAUGGUGGCUCGUGCUUUGAAAUACGAAGGUACCUGCACGGGUGAACAUGGUGUCGGUGUUGGUAAAAGAAAAUACUUAGAAACUGAAUUGGGGACUACUACAGUUGAUCUAAUGAGACAUCUUAAGUUAUCAUUAGACCCAAGAUUGAUUUUAAACCCCGAUAAAGUUUUCAAAACCGAUCCCAACGAAAAACUAGAAAAACUCCUAGACGCCGGCCACUUACAUGAGGGAGGUAAAGGCUGUUGCUAAUUUGUAGAUCAUCUAAUAUAGAAUUUCCAC